CCGCUUACAACUGCACUCGUGCAAGUGUAGAACAGAUUUUAGAUGCGCAUAGAUAAAGAGUGACUUUCUGACUUUCAUUUUCAUGGAUCACAUCAAGUCAAAACAUUCUUGAACAUUCUUAACAACGUGAAUAAUUGUCCUUAUCCACUCUAUUAAUAAAAUCCUAAGACACUUUAUCUUUGACACAAAUCAUCUGAAAGACUGAUUACUGCGGAUAUUAUGAGGACAAUAUAUUUUUUAGCCAUUAUCUCCGUUCUCGUAAUACUCCAUGAAGUCGAAAGCGGAUUAUACGGUUCCAAGCAGAAUACCAAGCAUUACAAGACGAAUCAGAAAUUAACAGAAUUAGCAGCGAAUAAAAAUCAAUCACAACCGCUUCCAGGUCGGAAAAUGAUUGUAUCAGCCUGGGGUAUCAUCGGAAUAAUUAUAGGCGCUAUCAUAUUCAGUACGAUAACUUACUACAUCUUUCUAUUGUAUCCAUAUAUAUGCAAAAAGGAUACAAGUUAUGACAUCAUAGAAUUAGCAGAUGUUAACUCUGUGUCCACUGUUAGUGACAACGUUAAUGUUAACAAUGUACCACGUCCAUUGAGAGCAUUUUGUGAAUCAAAUGAUGUAUCAAAUGACAUAUCAAAUGAUGCACCAUUAAAACGAUAGACCUGAAAAGAAAACGUAACUUAGAUCGGUAUUCAUAGUUCUUAUAUUUAAGACUGUCUUAAGUAUAGUCUUAAGAUGUCACGGACUAAUCGGAAAGCCAUAUAAAGUCUCAAGAUAUUACUUAAGACAGUCUUGAAAUAAGAAUGGAUUAUGAAUAUCGACCACAGACAUUUAUUUUACAAGUACAGUUACAUUUUCACUCAGAAUUGUAAUCUAAGUGAGGGUAAUAUUUUUGUAAGAGUUUAAAGCAAUUAAGUCUUAUAUAACUUAACACUGCCAUAAAAUCUUUUAGAGUAGAAAAAUAUUAAGAUUGAGAUCAUUGUGUUUUCA